AUGGGCGGCGGCUUUGGAGCGGCGGCGCGCGACACCUUCAAGUACAGCGGCAAGGUGCGCCCGGGCAAGCAGUCUCCGAAGCGGUCGGUGCCAAAGUCGAUCUCGAAGCCCGACUACUGGAAGGACGGGCAGCCAAAGGCGCGCGGGCCGAUGCUGCCGUGGCAGAUCCAGAAGAAGAGCGAGGCCGAUAUCGAGGGGAUGCGAGCGGCGGGCAGGAUCGCGCGAGAGGUGCUCGACCUCGCUGGCGCGGCGGUGGCGCCGGGCGUGACGACGGAGGCGAUCGACGCCCUCGUGCACGAGGCGGCGGUCUCGCGCGGCGCCUACCCCUCCCCGCUCAACUACCACGGCUUCCCAAAGCUCCCGUCACGCACGCAGCUCACGGCCGCGCGCGGACACGCAGGCGACAUCGUCAACAUCGACAUCACAUGCUACUACGGAGGCUACCACGGGGACUGCUCCGAGACAUUCCUGGUUGGCGAGGUGGACGAGGCGGGCAGGCAGCUGGUCAAGGAGUACAAGGGCAUCGGUCCGCCGCCCGCCCGCGCCUUUUGGACGGCGGUGGGCGGCGCCUCCUCCACCGCUCUGCCCUUCGCCCGCGCGAGCGUGGGAAGCGUUUUCCACGAGACGCCGAACGUGAUCCACGCGCGCAACAACGAGCCGGGGACGAUGCAGGUGGGGCACACCUUCACGAUCGAGCCCAUGAUCUGCGAGGGCGUCGAGAAGCACAUCCUGUGGCGCGACGGCUGGACAGCGACCACCAAGGACGGCAAGCGGUCGGCGCAGUUCGAGCACACGCUGCUCGUCACGCCCGACGGCAUCGAGGCGCUCACUGCGCGCACCGAGAACUCCACGCCCUUCUGGUGGGAGAAGUGA